AUACAAUCAGAGCACAAAAGACGACUUGGUCUUUGGAAGCAUAUCCAAUAUUUCCUGGCCAUCCAGGGUUGCGAGAAAGGAGCUGGUGAAAUUGAGUUUUGAGAUUUAAAGUUUAUCUGCCUUCCAUGAGUGUAAAAUCCUCAACUGCUUUCAGAUCUGAGCGUUGCUUUCAUCAGAACACCACUUCCUCCUCUUCUUCUUUGGGUCCAGGUUUGGAUCAGUGCAUGGAUAAAUCAAGAGGUCUCUUUGGGGACGAGUUUGAGAAGUCCUCAAUCCUCCAUGGAAGCUUCUUGAGGCCCCGGAGUGAGCAACUUGGAUAUUCAGGCCGCCCAGGAAAUACUGGAAAUGUAAAGACCAUGGGAGACAAUUACCAGUUCACAGUAGAUGUGAGUGACUUCUCACCUGAAGAUAUUAUUGUUACCACCUCUAAUAAUCAGAUUGAAGUUCAUGCUGAAAAGCUUGCUGCAGAUGGAACUGUCAUGAACACAUUCACACACAAAUGUCAGCUACCAGAUGAUGUGGACCCCACCUCUGUGACCUCCGCCCUGGGUGAUGAUGGGAUGCUGACGAUUAAAGCAAAGAGGCACCCAGCCAAGCACACUGAACAUGUGCAACAGACUUUCCGAACUGAAAUUAAGAUCUGAGCAGGCAAGGGAUGAGAGCUACGUCAUGGUAAUGCUGGGUGGUGUUUGAUAAUGCCAGUGGUAGUGAUUCAGUCAUGCAGAAUACUGCAUGUGCUAGUGUCUAAUUCACACCUCACCCUACCAACAUACCAUUGUAAAAUAUCAUCUCAACUCUUGUAGGCAUGGAAACAUUGAGCAAAGCCUGUGCAAUAAAAUAUUUGACACUUUCUAUCACAUUAUUUAGUAAUUCCAUUUAUACUAUGUAUCCAUGACUAAUCUACGACUCACAAGACAGUGGCAGACUUGUUUGAAUGUUUUCUUGUUCCAAAAUGACUGAUACUUUCAUUACAUGGAGACAACAAAGCUCUGAGUGUGUGAAUGGUCUUCUAUUGUAAAGUAGAAUAGAUCAGAAACAUUGGUAGAUUAUUUUAUCAUUUGACCCCUCCUAGGUUUAAUUUUCCUGUGUAUGUGUUUUGUAUAUAGAUUUGCAUCAUAAUGCUGUAUUUUGUUCUUUGAUAAGUGAUUAAUUUCUGUCACUUAGAUGAGUGUAUAAGAGUGUAUGCUGCUAAUAGGGAAAUAGUUUCAAAAUACAAGAAUAUAAGACCCCUUAGGAAUAGGAAAGGACCAUUAGGUCCAAUAGCCUUGCCAUUUUGUCAUUGAUUAAAUGAAACAUUAUUUAAUAUAGCCAAAAUUUCUUAAUCGUCACAUAAGCCACAAUAUUGCAUUACAUAAAUGUAGUCAUAUUGAUGGUGUAGGGCACGUUACCCCUCUAAUAUAUUCAAAAUUGUCAGUUUGGAAACAACUUUUCUGAGAGGCUUCACUAUACUUCCCUACUGCUAUCCCCACCCCCAUUCCACCCACCACUCUCCACCUCCCUUUCCCACCACACGCCCUCUUCCCCACCCCAGAAAACACAUUCCCACAUUACUGUUUGUGCAACGUUGCAGCAUUCACAUUAGUUCCCAUAUUUCCCGAAAUUAAAACAGAGACUACACUUCACAAUAUAAAUACUUCAUUGGCUGUUUAAGGGCUUGUGAAGCUCUGAGGUUGUGAAAGUUGCCAUAUAAAUGUAGGUUUGUACUUUCUUUCUGUAAUACCCCAACCUUCCAAUCAAGCUGCCAGUUCUGUUAUGAAUAUCCUAAAUGAUUUGAUCUGAUACUUGGCAGACUAUGACAGGCAUUUAUUGCUUUACUUUGUAUCAAAUUUAUUCUCAUUCAUUUAAAUUAUGUCCUCUGGUCUUAAUUUCUUGGUUUACUGCAGAUUAGUAUUCCAUAUUUACACUGUUUAUACCAUUUAAUAAAAUAUACCUCGAUGAGAAAGGCCUUGGCAAUCUUCCCUCUGAAAUAUAAACUUGUUUAAAUUUGUAGAUCAUUCCCUUAAUACAACAUUGUUUCCCAGUGUCAUGAGCUCCUCAGCAUCUCACUCGAGACAUUAGCACAUACUGUAUUGAGAACAGAGCCAGACCUUACUGUGUAAUAGUGAUGGGCUUUAUCUUCAACACAACAGCAUGGACAUUUUCAGAUUCAAACUUAUUACUUAAAGAAUUUUGGGAGAUUUCAAGAAAGCACACUGUGAAGUUUCAGGAUUUAGAGGUUUUCUGUGACUUCACACUUAGUACAUUCAUUAUUAAUUAAGGUUCUUGAGGCUCCUCCAUUAUUCCUCUGUCAUACACAAUUUGAUUAAACAAGACAAUGUCAGCAACAUUCAAUUGUGUUAUGUCAUUCACUCCUGUAGAUGAUGCUGUUCUUUGUCAACCAUCUUUGGUCUCUUUUGGAGAUGUUGCAAGGGAAAGCACCAUCAAUCCAAUGCUGAUACUAACCUCUUGCUGCUGAAGAUCUUGUAAUGGCACUUUUAGUAAGAUCACCCAUUGAAGCAGACAAUCACUUAAGUUAGUUUCAACAGGAACUGAAGAAAUCUACCAGGAUAAGGCCUAGUAGAUGCUAUAUUUUUGCACACUAUUGAAUAUUCUUUUCCCUUUGGUCCCAAAAAUCUAUCAAUCUCUGAUUUAGAAUCCUCAACAACUGAGCAUCCAUAGCUCACUGGGGUAGACAUUUUCAUCCACAUUAAGUGAAGAUGUUUCUCUUCAUCCAAGUCCCAAAUAGCCAAUCAUUUAUCUUAACUUUGUGAUCCAUGGUUCACGCCCUAGCCAGAGCUUAAAAACAUGCAUACAUUUGACAGACAAAACAGUAUUAAUGAAUCAUGGUUGUUUGAGCUUUAAAUUCAAUCUAUGUAUGCUUUUGAAUCCACACGCAGUUAAAAACAUGCCACUUUGGAAAAGAUCUUAUGAAAAAUUCUUGAUCUCAUAUUUUUAUCCCAUUCUAAUGUUUGCCAUACUUAUAGUCAGUACUAUUAUUGGUGUUACUUCAAAAAGUAAAUGUAUUUCCUCUUUCCUAUUAUAGCUAAUAGAAUUCCACUGUCGUUGUGCUAAAAUAAAUAAAUAUACUCCACUCUGUUGUCAA